CCAGAUGAGCCGUGUCAUCAGCCGAUCGACUCCGGGUGGGACAUGUAUCGUCAGCAAGGACGACUUUUUGAAGUCGUUCGAGGAAGUGCCCAAAAUGGAAAUCUCGUCGCCCUCAGACUUCAAGGAAAAGUUGGACCAGACAAUUGAAACUCUGUCGAAAGGCCAGGAAGACUGGAACAAACGAAUGAAUAAGUUGAAACAGAUUCGCUCAAUGGUGGUUCACGGAGAAGACGUUAUUGGAAGGGAGCAGCUUUUGAGCCAGCUUGUCCGGCUUACCGACUGCCUGGACCUCUCAGUGAAAGAUCUCCGAUCGCAAAUCCUGCGAGAAGCUGCGAUCACCUGUGGAUUCCUAUUCAAACGGUUCGGGACGGAUGUUCGUCAAAUUGCCGAGAGAUGUCUUCCAUCAGCGUUUGCCCAAGUCGCUGUAAGCACAAAGGUGAUGGCAACGUGUGGAGCGGUGUUAACUCUGUUUAUUGUUGAAUUUAUUCAAACAAAACAGAUUUUCACUUGCAUUGCCUCCUACUCCACAUCGAAGGAUAAAAAUCAACGGAGACAGCUGUGCGCAUUGCUGGAAAUCGUCCUCGAACAUUGGAACGAAAAGAUCAAGAGGACAGUUCUACCACAAAUUGGCGAGUUGAUCAAGGCAGCAAUUUGCGAUGCUGAUCCAGAGACCAGAGUUGCCGGACGAAAAGCAUUCAGCAAGCUCGAUGCACUACACUCCACUGAGGCAGACAAACUAUUUGCUUCAGUCGACUCAUCGAAACAAAAGAUGUUGCGUGCCUCUGAUGCUGCAUCAUCAAGCACGAGCAUCAAUAGUGAACGCGGAACUGCACCAUUUCGGUCGAAAUUGUCUGCGGGCAGUAUUGGUGGAAUCAGAAAUGCACCGAACAUUUCUUCAAAGUUUCUUGCUCAAAGAAGUGCUUCUGCCAUCGAUACAAAGCAGGUGACGCGAAUGGCAACAUCUGUGUCCAGAACUCCAAACAUUCGCCCGAUGACCACUAGGACACUUUCAAAAAUCGACACCUCUCCAGGAGGUUCGAAGUUUGCUAGACCAACAGUUGGAGCGCUUGGUUCUCGUACCUCUUCCAAUCUUCGUGCUCGUGGAAGUGUCCCAACGUCUCAGCCUGGUUCUCGAAAUGGAUCACCGCCACGCCGUCCAUCCGCCACAGAGGCAUUUCCAGCCGAAAUGCAACGAGUCAAGUCGAAUCUUGGUUCUAACUCGUUCGUUUCUUCUCUGUCAGCCGAGGAAGCUACGAAACUGCAGAAGGCAAUGAACACGGCAAAGGAGAGCUUGAGGCAACCAUCACGCAACGAUGAUGAUGAGUUCCUCUUGCCAAAACGUCCAACCCCACAGAAGGCAACACCACAAAAAAGUGCACUUGAUACUUCCAGAGUGGAAGAAGUGAUUCGUGCUUGUUCGUCGACCUCUGCAAAUGAGAAGCGAGAAGGAAUUAAAAUGCUUGCAGGCAUUGUUUCGGAGCCAAAUCUCAGCAACGCCGAAAUCAAAAGCCUGGGCGCGGUUCUUAACAGAUUGCUCGGAGAAUCCACGAACCAGAUUGUGCUGGAAUCAAUCAGUUCGUUUGUCAAAACCCAUCAUCCCCGUCUCAGUGAUUGGCUCAAGCUUGGCCUUGGAAAGCUGUUUGCAAAGAAAGGAGCAGAGAUGACGUUGAACAGUAAGAAGCAAAUUUCCACAACCAUCAGCUGUAUUCUGUCAUCGUUUGAUCCAACCCUGCAAUUGAAAUCAACAUGCGAGCUGGUGUGCGAUCCAAUUCAUCUAAUGUCCCCGAAGAGUCGCGUGGUCCUUCUUGAAUAUCUCAAUGAACUUCUUGGGAAGUAUAUGGAGCGAGGAUCGUCGUUCAACACUAAAGAGAUGAAGGCCACCAUUCUCAAGAUGUUUUCGUGGAUGGCAGAUCAGAGGAAUGAACAGUUGAUCACCCCGCAUGGCGAGAAAGUACUCUGCUCACUCUUCGCAUUGAACAACGCCGACUUCUCUGCACUUUUCAACGACUUCAACCCCGACUAUCGCGAUUGGGCAUACAAAGUUCUUCAGUCUCACGGACAUGAUCAACACGUUCCACAACAAGAUGCUGUUUCUGAAGAGGCCUGUGUGCGAGCCACGAUUUCUACUACAGCUGCGCAGAUAGAAGAUUUCGUCGUGUCGAGGAAUCUUGAUAUGACUCCAGUAAAAUCGCCUAGCACAAGAGCCAUUUCGUCGGGUUUCAAACGAGUCGAUGCGGAACCACUUCGUCCUCUGUCUUCGGAAAUGAAUUCACAGCACAGAGACGAGGAACUCAGCUUCAAUGAGUCAUUCGACCGAUUAAAGCUCAACUCAACAACGCAUCUUAUUGACGAUACGUCGGAGCAGAGCAAGUACGUGGCGUCGAAGCUGGCCCAGAUCUCUGGUGACAUGGGAGCUCAGCAAUACGAAGGACUUUUGUCGAUCCAGACAAUGUUGUGUGAAGGCUCAUUCACUCUUUGGGAGCAAAACUUCGCCAAGCUGUUGAUCGCUGUCUUCGAUGUGCUCUCCAAAAGCGAAUCAGACGCCAACAAGAAAGUAGCUCUGCGCGUUUUGACAAAGAUGUGCACUUCGCAAGCAUCGCGCUUGUUCGACUCUACGGAAAUGGCCAUCUGUAAAGUUUUGGAUGCUGCUGUCAACUCACAAGACGGAACGAUGAACGUGACCGCUGAUGACUGCUUGAAAACGCUGGCAACCCACCUUCCACUGGCUAAGGUGGUUAACAUCUCGCAGCUCAUUUUGAAUGAGUAUUUGCAGGAGAAAGCUCAAGAACCCAAAGCAAGCUUGGUUCUGAAAAUGAUGACCAGAUUGUUUGAAGGUCUCCAAGCCGACGAAUUGAGCCCAGUGGUUGAUGAUUUGGCGCCAUGUGUGAUCAAGUCUUACGAUUCCCCAUCGUCUGCAGUUCGGAAAACUGCUGUCUACUGUCUGGUCGCGAUGGUGAACAAGUUGGGAAUGAAGACAAUGGAGCCACAUCUUCAAAAUCUGUCGUCUGGAAAGCUGAACCUUGUCCAAGUCUACGUCAAUCGGGCAAUGUCGUCCAGUUCACAUUCGCACGUAUGAUUCGUCGUUGCAAUGUAGCCCAUAAUUCCCCCGUAUUCGUAUCCCAAAUUUCCCCCGUAAAACCUUAUCGUCCCUUUUCUCUCAUCCCUUCACUUUGUAAUAUAAUUUUAUUUGUCAAGAGCGGGUAUUGCACACUUUCUCUAUGCUCCUUUUAGCAUAAUUUCCCCCGACUUAUGUCCCUUAUGAUUUUCGACCCCCGUAUUUCUUAUUUUUAUUUUUAUAUAUUUUCUUUUCUUAUUUAUUUUUUAUAUGAAUAUUUCUUAAAUUUA